AUCCCGCCCGCUCGGUUCCCCCCAUUUUUUCCAUUCUCGCGCCCCCCAAAAUCCCCAAUCUCUUAGAACUAAAAUCCCUAAUUUCUACCAAAUAUCUCUCUCUCUCUCGCGACUGUGAGCAUGGGCGACGACGGCGUCGAGCCACGGGCACCAGUGAAUGAAGGAAGCCAGACAUCGACGACUAUUGUCGGAGUCCUUCGCUUCUCUAUCGAUAGCCAUUACCAGCAAACGAAGUUCUCUGGCUUGAAUCUCAUCGGGGGUUUAGCUAAAGACACUACAUUAGAUCAGUUCACGAAGUACUUUGGGAAGUACGGGGAGAUUACAGAUUCGGUUAUAAUGAAAGAUCGGCACACUGGUCGACCCAGGGGUUUUGGGUUUAUCACCUAUGCUAAUCUUUCUGUUGUUGACACUGUUAUUGCUGAAACCCAUGUCAUCAAUGACAAACAGGUUGAGAUCAAAAGAACAAUUCCGAAAGGUUCUGCUGAAUCUAAGGAUUUUAAAACAAAGAAGAUUUUUGUUGGUGGGAUACCUACCUCUGUCACUGAAGAUGAGUUCAAGAAUUUCUUCUCAAAGUAUGGAAAGGUAGUGGAACACGAGAUCAUAAGAGACUGUGUCACUAAACGCUCUCGGGGCUUUGGAUUUGUUGUAUUUGACAACGAACAAGUUGUUGAUACUAUUCUGGCCAAUGGAAAUAUGAUUGAUAUGGAAGGCUCACAGAUGAGGCAGCAGAAACGGGCUGCUCUUUUGAAAGAAAAAAGGGCCUCUAGUGGAUUGACAAGCCCUCCCCGUGUCAUUGGAAAGCUUUGGUUUCUCCAAUUGAGAGAUAUGCAGUUAUUCCUGAUGACAACGCAAGUGUUCUUUCCACAGUCUUCAUUGUCUUCAUUACUGGUGUUUAAAUAGUUGGCUUCUCCAAAAGAUUAUAAUUUGCAACUGUUAUCUAUUUAUUUGUAGGUCAAAAGGAUAAAUUUUACCGAGGGGAAGAUCUGAUUCUAGAAGUAAGGAAUUUGCAGCUUGAUUUUUGAAAUAGGCCCAAAAUUGAAAUCUUGCUGGAAAUUUUUUAUUUUUUUAUUUUUUGUAAGAGCAUUUAAAUAUCCAAUGUGCUUAUUGGUGAAUUUUAGAUUUUAUUUUAUUUUAUUAUUUUUUUUUAGGAUUGGGGUGAAUUUUAUAAUUUAAAUAUGCUUUUAUGAACAUGUACAGUUUAAUUGUUCUUUGUAAAAUAUUGAA